UGACAGCAUUUUGCCGUGUGGUGGCGUCAACUUUUACUUGUAGCCGACAUUUUCCUUAGUAGUUCUUUCUUUCCUAGCAAGAGGCGCUCCAGUAGGAAGAGUAAGUCUCCUUUAACAUUUUUUCUCGGUCGAGCCAGGAGUGACGUUAUUUCACCAUGGCGCCCAAAAGGAACAACAUGAUUCCGAAUGGACAUUUCCACAAACAGUGGCAGCGUUAUGUCAAGACUUGGUUUAAUCAGCCAGCUCGCAAGCAGAGGAGGCACGCACACCGUGUAGCCAAGGCUCGUCGUGUGUUUCCUCGUCCAACGACUUCAUUGAAGCCCAUCGUCAGGUGCCCGACUUUCCGGUACAACACUCGUGUUCGUGCUGGAAAAGGAUUCAGUUUGGAGGAAUUGAGGGCUGCCAAGAUCCCUAAGCGUUUCGCCCCAACAAUUGGUAUUGCUGUUGACCACCGUCGUCGUAACAAGUCUGUGGAAUCAUUGCAGUUGAACGCCACUCGCUUGAAGGUCUACAAGAGCAAGUUGAUCCUCUUCCCACGCAAUGCCAAGAAACCCCAGAAGACUGAUGCUACUCCUGAGGAAAUCAAGUUGGCCCAACAGUUGACUACUGAGGUUAUGCCCAUCACCAGGUCUUACAAAUUGGAGAAGGCUCGCGCCAUCACUCCGGCCGAUCGCAAAUUCUCUCCUUAUGCUGUACUCCGCACGGCCCGAACAACAGCACGCCUUGCAGGUAUCCGAGCUAAGCGAGCUAAGGAAGCGGCUGAAGAUCCUGAAGCAGCCAAGGAGGCAAAGGCUAAAGCCGCCAAAGCCAAGGCUGCCAAGGGUGGCAAGAAGAAGUAAACCGUUCUCGGGAUUGUAUUUUGUAUUUCAACCAAAAACGGCAAAAAUACAAGAUUAUCCUGUCUA